CUUGUAACUAUCGGGUGUUCUUUAUCCUCGAGUAAGCAAAAAAUAAUUCUAAAGAAAAAUAUACAUAAUUGGUUAAAUUUCUCAAGAAAUCCAAAAAGGCAAAAAGUAAGAGAUGACACUUCUUCUUCCUCAAUCAAACCAUAUCCACAAGCCACCACUUGUACCAUACCGACGCCUCCGAAAACCAUACAGAUUACCAGUGAUCUCCGCUGUGUCCGGUAAGGAGCUGAUUCUUUCCGGCAAGGUCCGGGCCGUGGAGCCGAAAGAAGCGAAGACGGUUGUGGCGUCGGAGGGUUACAUGCUCUUAGACGUGAGGCCGGCCUGGGAAAGAGAAAAGGCACGUGUGAAAGGGUCAUUACACGUGCCACUGUUCGUGGAGGAUACAGACAAUGGGCUGAUUACGUUGCUGAAGAAAUGGAUCCAUUUAGGAUACAUUGGGCUUUGGACAGGCCAGAGAUUCACCAUGUUCAAUGACGAAUUCACCCUCCGUGUUGUGGAGGCUGUCCCGGACAAAGAGAGUAAAGUGCUCGUCGUGUGCGGUGAAGGACUCAGGUCGUUGAUGGCUGUAUCAAAGCUCCACGGAGAAGGUUACAAAAGCUUAGGGUGGUUAACCGGAGGAUUUAACCGAGCCACGGAAGGAGAUUUUCCAGAGAUCGAAGGGACCGAAGAGCUACGGUUCGCGACUAUAGGAGGUGCAUCAUACUAUUUACUUAAACUACUUGUACUGUUACAGUCCCUUGGCCAAAAGAGUAGUUAAAUUAGUUUUUUCUUUUUUUUCAUGCUGAAGUGUGUGUGUGUGUGUGGGGAGACCUUCUGAGACAUUUUUGUCCUUAGAAUUAUUAUGUCUGGCUUAGUAACAAUUGAGCACACUAGACGGCGCGGUUCUGGUUUAACAGAUGUCUUUUGACAGUAGUUGAAAUAUAUUUGUCCGAAUGAUUUGUUUCCGACA